CCAUUUGAAAAAAUGAAAACAUUUUUACUAUCUUUAUUUUUAAUCCGUUUGUUUGCUCCGAGUGUUGAGCUAACUAAAGAAUCUAUGGAUAAAUUGGAAGAAAUUCCAGAGUAUUCAAAAUAUUUGAGAAGAGCAGGAUACCCUGAAAAGAAUUACACUAUUGAACGAAUUUCAGCACCAAGUCCACCAAUACUAACUCUCCCAGCAAUUGAAUUAUGCAAAGAAGGACCACAAGACAAUAGUUUUUACAGUCAUGUUUUUUGUUGGAGUAUGAUUGGACUAUAUAUUAUGCUUUUUGUCAGCCUAGUUAUAUAUCAACUGCGCUCAGUCUUUUGGUUAAAAACUAAUAUUCCUAAAAAUAAUGUACAACAGUCAGAUAGCAACGAUAUUGAACUCCAGCCCUUACACAAAUCCAAUCUUUCAAGGAUGUUUUCCAUGUAA